CACAACACAUGACGGCUCAGCACGGCACGGCCCGGCUCGGCCCGCCCCGCUCUCAUCGCUGCGCUGCCGCCUCAUGGAGUCGCACGUCCCCGGCAGCGUCCUUUUCGGCUGUGAGCUGACUGCCAGUACCAAAUCCUACAUGUUUCAGGUGGAUGAGGAAGAUGACUCUGACCACAUUUUGGCCCUGUCUAUGGUCUGCCUCACAGACGGUGCCAAGGACGAGUGCAACGUGGUGGAGGUUGUUGGGCGAAACCACGAGAACCAGGAAAUUGCUGUGCCUGUGGCGAAUCUGAAGUUGUCAUGCCAGCCCUUGCUCAGUCUGGACAACUUCAAGCUGCAGCCUCCAGUGACCUUCCGCCUGGCAGCAGGCUCUGGCCCGGUGCACCUUUCUGGCUGGCACCGCAUAGCGGCUGGCUGUCACCAUUCCCCUGUGAGACCUCCUUCCAGCUGGGAUACAGCUUCUUGCCACAAGCUGCUGUUUGAACUGCUCCAGUGCUCCUUGGGCUGCUCUGCUCUUGGGUGCAGAGGGAAGAUGCUUCCUUUGAGGAGGACGAUGACUUGUCUGACGAGGAGGAGGAGGAGGAGGAGCUUCCUCCUAUCAAGCCAGCCAAGAAGUAGAGGAGGAAACAGUGACUUAAGGCAAGGUACUCACUGGGACUUCUCUCCCCGGAUGACGUUUACCUCAGACACCUCUUGCCAGAACCUCAACGUUUGGUGCUUUGUUUUUACUUUUGUUUUUUUCUGUUGUAACUUUUUGGGGAGCAGGGGCUGCUCCCAGCACUGGGGUGUCUCCUUUCCCAUAGCCCUGGGAGGUUGAUCCCAAAACUGGGAAGAUGCUGCUGGUAUAUCCCUUCUCUCCCAUCCCUGCCCUGGGAGUCAUGGAUGAAGGAGGUAGUCCUUGCCCUGUGCCUUUUUGCUGUCCUAGACCUCUGCUCUGUGCACCCACUCUUCCUGGCUUUGGAAUACCCUGUCCUGGCCCCUUCCCCAUAAAGCCAGUGGUGGGACAGGCACUUUUACUGAUUCUAGCGUGUUUGCUUUUCUUUACUCACAAUUUGAUGGGGUUUAUACACUUGAAAGUGUGAGACUGGGGCCCAGGCUCUGUCCUCAAUUGCAGUUAUGGUGGGGGUGGGAGCUCACAGCCUAUCUGGGGUUUGGAGGGAGGUUCUGGGUCAAUCUACUUUGUAAAGAACUGUUUAUACACUCUUAAUAAAGGUCUCGUGUCAGGUCUG